AUGUGGGGGCUAGGGUUUAGGUGGCUGCUGCUGCUGCUGCUGGCGUUCGCGGCGGCGGUGGAGCUGGAGGCGCGGUUUGUGGUGGAGAAGAACAGCCUGAUGGUCACGUCGCCGACAGCUCUGCGGGGGCGGCACGAUAGCGCCAUAGGCAACUUCGGCAUCCCGCAGUACGGCGGGAGCAUGGCUGGUGCCGUCGUCUAUCCCAAGGGCAACUCAGACGCCUGCGAGGCCUUCAACAGCGGCAGGAAGGAGCACCUCUUCCGCACCAAGCCUGGAGCGCUCCCCAGCUUCCUUCUCAUAGACCGCGGAAAUUGCUUGUUUGCUAAGAAGGUCUGGAAUGCACAAUAUGCUGGUGCCUCAGCAGUGCUUGUAGUUGAUGACAAGGAUGAGCCACUGAUAACAAUGGACUUACUUCAGGAAGAUGAUGAGGCUGCAAAAUACAUACAGAACAUAUCCAUUCCUUCUGCUUUAAUUGAUAAGAAAUUUGGAGAACAAUUGAAGAAGGCUGUUAAAGAUGGUGAAAUGGUAAACGUGAAUCUUGAUUGGAGGGAGGCUGUCCCACAUCCUGAUAACCGAGUUGAGUAUGAGUUGUGGACAAAUAGCAAUGAUGAAUGUGGGCCUAAAUGUGAUAUGCUUAUGCAUUUUCUGAAGGAAUUUAAGGGAGCUGCGCAGUUACUUGAAAAAGGUGGUUAUAGUCAGUUCACACCCCAUUAUAUUACUUGGUAUUGCCCUCAAGCAUUUGUUGUCAGCAAACAAUGCAAGUCCCAGUGUAUAAACCAUGGAAGGUAUUGUGCACCUGAUCCAGAACAAGAUUUUAGUACUGGCUAUGAUGGAAAAGAUGUUGUUGUAGAGAACUUGAGACAGCUUUGUGUGUUUAAUGUUGCAAAUGAGAUAAAAAAACCAUGGAUCUGGUGGGAUUAUGUGACUGAUUUUCACAUAAGGUGCCCAAUGAAGGAGAAGAAGUAUAACAAAAAGUGCGCAGAAACAGUCAUUAAAUCACUAGGUUUGGAAGUGAAGAAGAUUGAUAAGUGCAUGGGAGAUCCAAAUGAUGAUUCUGACCACCCUUUACUAAAAAUGGAGCAGGACUCUCAGAUUGGGAAAGGGUCAAGAGGAGAUGUUACCAUAUUGCCUACUCUUGUUGUGAACAAUCGACAAUAUCGAGUCUUGAAAGGAACAGGAAAGCUAGGAAGGAAAGCUGUCCUCAAAGCUAUUUGUGCUGGCUUUGAGGAAACUACUGAGCCAAAUGUUUGUCUGAGUGAUGACAUGGAAACAAACGAGUGUCUGAGCGAUAAUGGAGGUUGCUGGCAAGACAACGCUGCUAAUGUAACAGCUUGUAGGGACACUUUUCGUGGCAGAGUGUGUGAAUGCCCCACAUUCAAUGGCGUGCAAUUUAAAGGAGAUGGCUACAGCAACUGUGAACCUGCUGGUCCCGGAAAAUGCUUGAUAAACCAUGGUGGGUGCUGGCAUGAAACUCGCAACGGAAAAACAUUCUCUGCUUGUCAGGAAUCAGGAGAUCAAAAUUGCAAGUGUCCAGCUGGUUUCCGAGGGGACGGUGUUAAAAAAUGUGAUGAUAUUGACGAGUGCAAGGAGAGAAAAGCUUGCCAGUGUCCUGAAUGCAGCUGCAGAGAUACAUGGGGUGGCUAUGAUUGUACUUGUAGUGGCGACCUUUUGUACAUCAAGGAGCACGACACUUGCAUAAGUAAGACAACAGUUCAGGCUAAAGCAGCAUGGGCUGCUGUGUGGGGGAUCUUGGUAGCCUUGGUUAUUGUGGCGGCAGGAAGCUAUGUGGUAUACAAAUACAGAUUAAGGUCAUACAUGGACUCUGAGAUUAGAGCUAUCAUGGCACAGUACAUGCCACUGGACAGUCAAGGGGAGGUCCCAAAUGAUUCACACGAAGAUCAUCCACUUGCUCACUAA